AUGGCUCUCACGGCAGCGAUUUGGUUCGCGCUCACCUUUCUUUUUUCGGGGAUUUCUUUAUUCGCUUCUUCGGCACGGAUUUACCCCCCAAACGAAGUCACGUUGUUGGACUCCAGAUCUGUUCAGGGGGAGCUGGGAUGGGUCGCCAACCCCACAGAAGGAGGGUGGGAGGAAGUGAGCAUUAUGGACGAGAAGAACAUCCCCAUCCGGACGUACCAGGUGUGUAACGUCAUGGAGCCCAAUCAGAACAACUGGCUCCGCACCGACUGGAUCCCGCGCGGAGGGGCGCAGCGCGUCUACAUCGAGAUCAAGUUCACCCUUCGGGAUUGCAACAGUCUGCCGGGGGUCAUGGGAACCUGCAAGGAGACCUUUAACCUGUACUACUACGAGUCCAACAACGACAAAGAGCGCUACAUCCGAGAGAACCAGUUCAACAAGAUCGACACCAUCGCCGCCGAUGAGAGCUUCACCCAGGUGGACAUCGGCGAUCGCAUCAUGAAGCUGAACACGGAGGUCCGGGACGUGGGCGCCUUGACCCGGAAGGGUUUCUAUUUGGCCUUCCAGGAUGUGGGAGCGUGCAUCGCGUUGGUUUCCGUCAGGGUCUUCUACAAGAAGUGUCCCCUGACCGUGCGGAACUUGGCCCAGUUUCCUGAUACUAUAACCGGGGCUGAUACUUCCUCGCUGGUGGAAGUUCGCGGCUCGUGUGUGGAUAAUUCCGAGGAAAAGGAGGUGCCUAAGAUGUACUGCGGAGCCGAUGGCGAGUGGCUGGUGCCCAUUGGAAACUGCCUGUGCAACCCGGGCUAUGAGGAGCGCAACGCUGAAUGCCAAGCCUGCAAGAUCGGCUACUACCGCGCCCUGGCCACCGACGGCUCCUGCUCCAAGUGCCCGCUCCACAGUUACUCGGUCAGAGAGGGCUCCACCUCCUGCGCGUGCGACAAAGGGUACUUCCGCUCCGAAACCGACCCGGCGUCCAUGUCCUGCACCCGCCCUCCCUCCGCCCCGGUCCAGCUCAUCUCCAACGUGAACGAGACCUCGGUGAACCUGGAGUGGAGCCCCCCCCGCAGCUCGGGCGGGCGGCAGGACCUGACCUACAACGUGGUGUGCAAGCGCUGCGGGCCGGACGGCCGGCGCUGCCAGCCCUGCGGCAACGGCGUCCACUUCAGCCCCCAGCGGCUGAGCCUGAGGGGCACCCGGGUGUCCAUCAACGAGCUGCAGGCCCACACCAACUACACCUUCGAGGUGUGGGCGGUCAACGGGGUCUCGUCCCAGAGCCCCGGGCCGGACCAGGCCGUGUCCGUCACCGUGACAACCAACCAGGCCGCUCCUUCUCCAGUGAGCUCCAUCCAGGCCAAAGACAUCACGAGACACACCAUCUCACUGGCCUGGCAGCCCCCAGACAGGGCCAAUGGGGUCAUUCUGGAAUAUGAGGUCAAGUACUACGAGAAGGAUCAGAACGAAAGGAGCUAUCGCAUCAUAAAAACCGCCUCCAGAAACACAGAGAUCAAGGGCCUGAGCCCCCUCACCUCCUACGUGUUCCACGUCCGCGCCCGCACCGCGGCGGGCUACGGCGACUUUAGCGGCCCGUUCGAGUUCAUGACCAACUCUGUCCCAGCCCCCAUCAUCGGUGAUGGCGCAAACUCCACAGUGUUGCUGGUGUCGGUGGUGGGCAGCUUGGUCCUCCUGGUCAUCCUCAUCAGCGCCUUCGUCAUCAGCCGAAGAAGGAGUAAGUACAGUAAGGCCAAGCAGGACUCGGAUGAAGAGAAGCAUUUACAUCAAGGAGUGAGGAUAUAUGUUGAUCCCUUUACUUAUGAGGAUCCGAAUCAAGCUGUCCGGGAAUUUGCCAAGGAGAUCGACGCCUCCUGUAUCAAGAUCGAGAAAGUUAUUGGCAUCGGCGAGUUCGGUGAGGUCUGCAGCGGCCGGCUGAAGAUGCCCGGCAAGAGGGAGAUCUGCGUGGCCAUCAAGACCCUGAAGGCCGGCUACACCGACAAGCAGAGGAGGGACUUCCUGUCCGAGGCCAGCAUCAUGGGCCAGUUCGACCACCCUAACAUCAUUCACCUGGAGGGCGUGGUCACCAAAUGUAAGCCGGUGAUGAUUAUCACGGAGUACAUGGAAAACGGAUCGCUGGACGCAUUCCUGAGGAAGAACGAUGGCCGCUUCACGGUCAUUCAGCUGGUCGGCAUCCUGCGCGGGAUCGCAUCGGGGAUGAAGUACCUGUCGGACAUGAGCUACGUCCACCGCGACCUGGCGGCCCGCAACAUCCUGGUCAACAGCAACCUGGUGUGCAAGGUGUCCGACUUCGGCAUGUCUCGGGUGCUGGAGGACGACCCCGAGGCUGCCUACACCACCAGGGGAGGCAAGAUCCCCAUUCGCUGGACGGCCCCGGAGGCCAUCGCUUACAGGAAGUUCACCUCGGCCAGUGACGUGUGGAGCUACGGCAUUGUCAUGUGGGAGGUGAUGUCAUACGGCGAGCGACCAUACUGGGACAUGAGUAACCAAGACGUAAUCAAGGCCAUCGAUGAGGGCUAUCGGCUGCCCCCCCCCAUGGACUGCCCCGUGGCUCUGCAUCAGCUCAUGCUGGACUGCUGGCAGCGGGAGCGGGCCGACCGGCCGAAGUUCGGGCAGAUAGUCAACAUGCUGGACAAACUGAUCCGCAACCCCAACACACUGAAGAGGAGCGGUGGAGAGACCGCGGUCAGAUCCAACCCCACCCUGCUGGAGCCGGGGAGCCCGGAGGUGUCCUCAGCCGUGGGCACGGUGGAAGACUGGCUGCAGGCCAUUGGCAUGGAGAGAUACAGUGACAACUUCACAGCAGCCGGCUACACCAGCCCAGAAACGGUGGUGCACAUGACACAGGAGGACAUGGCGCGCAUCGGCAUCUCCUCGACGGCACACCAGAGCAAGAUCCUGACCAGCGUCCAGGGGAUGCUGUCCCAAAUGCAGCAAAUGCAAGGCAGAAUGGUUCCUGUCUGA